GAAUCGAUGAGGAAUUAAAAGCACGAUCGCACAUUUGCCUCUUUCACCCAGGGCGCUUCACAGCCCCAGACCAAGACAAGUCAACCUCCAACAGGGUCAAUGAAGUCAAGGGAGCUCCAUUAGUCUACUAGCUAGCUAGCCAGCCGCCGACGCAGAAAGCAUAGUGUACUCUAGUGCUGAUAUUGUAACGUAGAGGCGAAGCUGUUUGAGCAUUCCACAUCAAUCCGGAAGAGAGGCUGAAGAACUGCUUGCCAGCAAGCCAGCAAGAAAAAAUAUCGUCUCCUUUGACAAAAAAGAUUUCAUCUUUCUCAAAGAGCCAUAAAAAAACGAACGAUGCAUCGCACUCUGGCCCUCCAGAAAGGAGGUCGAUCCGUGACGACGAACCACGGACAACGGCGAAUCCUGAAGCGUCCUCCUCCCAUUAUCGAGUACAUUGAAAAGGCAGUGGAAACGGGAAUUUAUCGAACGACGGAUGAGAUUGAAGCAGCCAUGAAAGCCAUUCGCCGAGGCCAACAAGGUGGUCAAGGAGUCUCCCCUCCUCGCGUCGCCAUGGAUCGAUUUCGCAAGGAUAUCAUUCGAGGGACACAGGUUCAAGAUUAUCCUGCAGAGUAUUUCAUUCUCAAACAGCAUCCCCCCAUUCCACCACCGCCAAGGAUACCAAAAAAGUACCAAAAGCAGAUUGAACACCGAUUGCCCAAACAUCCCACGGAACGACUUGUCAAAAAGUACAUGCACCGAGGAGUCACGCACAAGGCUAGCACGGAAGAUUACUACAGACGAUUGCUGGGAGUACAACCUCCUGCCGAAAACUAUGCCAUGGGACAAAAGAGUGCCAAAUUGAGCCAGGCGUAUGUCUAUGCUGUCAAACAGUACGAAGUCAUGAGGACACAAGAUGUGAGUGAGACGGAAGCUUUGAAAAUUGUGGAUGAAUUGCUAGCGGAAGAUACAAAACAAGAAGGAUUCAAGAGUAGAGAUAUCACCGAGGAAAUGAAAGACUGGGAGCAACAUGGCCUUCCUCUGACACAAGAUGAUGACGAGGAUGGCGAAGAUACCUCGGAUGAGUCGACCAGUGGAAUUCGCAAUGCGGAUUUACCGUCGAUUCUGCACAACAAGCCUCGUGUGGUGGAAGGCAUGCUCCAGUGGAGCCAUAUGCUACAGAACUCUGGAAUCCCUUACAACGAAUGGACCGUAGGUGCAUCGACGGCAUUGGAUCAUUGGAUUGCGCGCAAUAUUCUGGAAUUGUCCGAAGCUACUUGGGAUGCCCUGUUGGAAGGAUCCGAUCCUAGCUUGCUCAGUCGAGGGCAGGAUAUUGUGACCAUUCGAGAAACUCUCUUCCCUGAGACGAGAUUGGAUGAAACCCCUCAAGAGCGGGACGAGAGAUUGAUGAUGGAAGAAGAGGCAGAUCUAUUGGCAUCUACCCAACAACAGGAAGAAGAGACCACCGAGACAAGGAAAACAGAAUCUGUUGACGAGCUGCUGACUAAUCUCCGAGGACUGGGAGACAGAACGUUCAAGGACAUUGACAUGACGUCGCCGGCAAGUUCGGAUGGACCACAGGAGGCAUUUACUUCCUCCUCCAAGAGCAGGGAAAAGGAUCCCAUUCAAUUGCUCACGGAGGAAUUACAGGAGUGGAGGGCCAAGAAUCAAAGGGCUUCCUAUGACAGUUGGCCCGACAAUGAGAAGCAGCGAUUCUCGGCUUGGUUGGAUCGGUAUGUUGGUACUCUCGUCUCUGACACGGAACGGCGUAUGAUUGACAUGGAAGAGACCCGAAUUUCGUUGUUGUCCAGCGCGCCUCAGACUGAAGAAGAGUCGGAUGAUUUCUGGAGCAGCCUCCAGGAUGAGACCAAGGUUGAUCUGUUCUUGCACAAUCUUUUGCAGCAAGGCCCUCCAGACGAUUUGAGUGAAACUGACAAGGUCUUCUGGAACUUGCCCUACUCGGAACAGGUCGAACGACUUGUCAAUCUAGGAGCGGUUCGACCUUUGCUAGACGAGUAUAUGAGCGACGAGGACCGCCAAGACUUUUUCCGUCGCUACGGUGAUUUCUUGUUGGAUGGAGUUGAAAUGGAUCAUCUGGUGCCAGAUCCCAAUGGUCCCAUUACUGGCAGCGACUUGGACAUUGAAGUGGUUCGAACAUGGGGCAUCACUCGAGAGGACCGCUUCAAGCUCGUCAAGAUCCCCUACCGCUCGGGUUUGAGCGGUGACGAAGACGAUGGUGAAAGUGGUCGCGAUGCAGCCUUGGAGCGAUCGCGAGCUCUGUUUGAAGCUUGGAACAGGCACAAAGCCACUCGAGCGAGGUACGAAGAAGCUCUCUUUGUUCAGGGAGACCUUGGACUGAGCUACAAUUCCAAGACUGCGAACGAAAUGGAAAAAGACAGACAGGAGGAGGAUUUGAAAGAGCUGACAAAGGACGAUUAG